AUGGCUGACCUCUCGCAUAUUUUCGAGAGCCUCAAGGAGUUGAGUGCUGAGGAUGGCACCGUGGGAGUUGAGCGUUUGAAGCACGUCCUGGUGAAAAUUGGUAUGCAAGAUGCAGAUGCCAAGUCGGUGAUGAAUGUCUUGCAGACUUCCGAAGGGCGGGUGAACUUGAAUGACUUCGCAGCCUGGGUGUCCUUGAAGCCCCAGAUGUCAGUAGCCUGGAAUGAUAAUAUCAUCCUGGCCACUGAUAGCUACAAGUUCAGCCAUUGGAAGCAAUACCCACCAGGCACAGAAUAUGUCUAUAGCUACUUCGAGAGCCGUGGCUGUGAACGAAAAGAGUGGAACGAGGUGGCCUUCUUUGGAUUGCAGUACUUCCUCAAGCGCUACUUGUUGGGUCAGGUCAUCACCCAAGCGAAGAUUGAUGAGGCGGUGACCAUGUGCUCAGAGCACUUCAUCGGAGAUGGACUUUUUUACAAAGAAGGCUUUCAGUACAUCUUGGAGAAACAUGGUGGUAAAUUACCCAUCUCCAUUAAGGCUAUCCCGGAGGGCAUGGUGGUUCCCACCAAGACAGCCCUGUUCACCAUGGUGAAUACAGAUCCCAAAUGCUAUUGGCUGACCAACUUCUUGGAGACCUUGCUGGUGCAGGUGUGGUACCCCAUGACCGUUUGCACAAACAGCCGCUACCAGAAGCUGUCCAUCCACAAAGCUCUGGCAGAGACUGGCAACGAAGACUGGGGAAUUCCAGGUGGUUCGUGUUUUAAGCUCCACGACUUCGGUUUCCGCGGCGUGUCCUCCGUGGAGUCGGCGGCCUUGGGCGGCGCCGCGCACUUGGUGAACUUCCUCGGCACGGACACCGUGGCCGCUCUGCUGUGCUGCCGCCGCUACUACCACGCCACCAAGGCAGCUGGGCAUUCUAUCCCGGCCUCGGAACAUUCCACCAUCACCAGUUGGGGAGUGGAACAUGAAGUGGAUGCCAUGAAAAAUAUGUUGUUACAAUAUCCCAGUGGAUUGGUGGCAUGCGUCAGCGAUUCCUUUGAUGUCUUCAAGGCUUGCCGUGAAUAUUGGGGUGAUGAGCUGAAGGAGUUGAUCAAGGGCCGCAUCUCGGGAGAUAGCUGGGGCAGAUUGGUGGUCCGGCCCGACAGUGGUGAUCCCACCGAGACCUGUGUGCAGAUCGUGACGAUCUUGUGCCAGCAGUUUCAGGAAGAUGUGAUCACAACGAAGACAGGGCACAGGUUGCUUCCACCAUAUAUUCGUGUCAUUCAAGGCGAUGGUGUGGACUAUGAGUCCGUGCCAAAGAUCUUGGGUGCGUUGAAGGAUGCAGGCUUUGCGGCAGACAACAUGGUCUUCGGUAGUGGUGGUGCUUUGCUGCAGAAACUCAAUCGAGACACUUUCAAGUGCGCCUUCAAGUGCUCCGAGAUCACAGUGAAUGGCCAAGCCCGAGAGGUUUUCAAGGACCCCAUCACCGACAAAGGCAAGGCAUCUAAGAAGGGCCGCCUGACGGUGCAGAGAGCAGAGGAAACGCAAGGCAGAGAAGAGGACCGGUACAAACCCCGGCAAGAUGAGAACGGCAUUGCGGGUGGUGAAGGAUUCUUGCACUACAGCGCUGAUGGCAAGUUCGUCACAGUCGCCAGUGGUCAAGGCGAUCCUUCCAAGGACCUUUUGGUCGAAGUUUUCCGCGAUGGCGUUCUGCUGAAGGAUUGGACAUUGCAGGAGAUACGGGCGCGAGCUGACAUUGCAAACGGCUUGGAGGUUGGCUCCCCCAAGAAGCAAGAGAAGGAUCUCAAGGAGCACAAGGUGCACGUCAAACAUAACCAUCACCAUCAUCACCACCAUCAUCAUCGGUCCGACCCUGCCCACUUCAAAUUGGGCCAGAAGCACUCAACGCCUCCGGUGUCUGAUCCCACGCGGGUGUUCUACGAGUCCCUGUUGGACGAGAAGCCAGAUAGUCCUAUCGCUAUCAAGUACUGUGUUGAGCAUGGCACCCUCACGCCCGAGCUUCACAAGCCUACCGUGAAGAAGUAUGUCAGCCUGUUGAAGAAGGGCGUGAUCUCGACUGGGAAGAAGAUGCCUGUGCCAAAGGCUCGCUGA